GAUAAGCGGGCCCAAGAAAGGAACUCUUAGAUGACUUGACGUCCUGCUUUAGACGGGCCAGUUCAAACCUUUCACCCUCAGCCCUGUGUGGGGCAAGUGUCCACACACUUGUGUAGCGCUACUUCAGGUGUCUUUUUCCCCUUACCUCGACUGACUAACUAGAACGUGAGGCCGUAAAGCCUAUCUCAACCGGAAGUCGUCUGGCUGCCUUCCGGGUUGGAAGCGAAGAGUUCCGCAGCCGUAGUUCCCCUCCCCCAGGGACACCCAAACCUAAGCAGGAUUGGAACGCCAAGGAAAAAUAAAAUACAACAUACAGCAAUUCUGAUAUGGCAGAAGUGAAGUCAAUGUUCCGGGAAGUCCUUCCUAAACAAGGACAGUUGUCUGUGGAAGAUGUGGCCACCAUGGUGCUGUGCAAACCCAAACUUCUGCCGCUAAAAUCUCUGACUCUUGAAAAAUUAGAGAAAAUGCAGCAAACAGCACAAGAAACUAUUCGCCAACAGGAGUUGGCAGAAAAGGAACAGCACCAAGCAAACCAAUGAAUAAAUUUAUUCAUCAAUUUUGUUACUUUCAUUUGAUAGUUUUUCAAAGUAACUCACAUUUGUUUACUAAAUCUGUAAUUUUUAUUAAAAUCAACAACAUGGUGAA